AUGUCCACAGCUAUAUACUACACCCAUAAUAUGCCCAGCGACGAUUUACAAUCGAUUUCUUCUUCAAAUAGGCAUACAUUACCCUCGCUUUCCCAGAUUAUGCCUCCAGUACAACACCAGCAAACUAGCUCAAGUGAUGGAGCGUCGAACAUUUCGCCAAAUCUUAACACUCAUUCAAAUGUUUACCAUCAACAACAAUCACAACAACAGUAUCAAUUAACAGGAGCACAACAAAGUUAUGUCACUGAUUCUUUUGCAUCAAGUUCAUCUGCUUUGACCACUCCUAGUUCAAAUUACAAUAACGGGUACGAGCAAGGUACCAAUCAACAACCACCACAACAACAAUCUAUAAGUUCCUCCUCAAAUGCUGGCAAUGGACAGAAUGACCUACCUCAAUGUAUAUGUAAGAACAAUCCACAUAAGAUCCCCCGUCCAAGAAACGCGUUCAUUUUAUUUAGACAAAAGUUCCAUCAACUUGUAUUAGAUGAAGGAUCAGUCAUUCGCACCAACCCUGAAGUUUCAAGAGAAUUAGGACGUAGAUGGAGAAACCUACCACCAGAGGAAAAAGAGCAUUGGGACCGUUUAGCUGAAGAAGAAAAGAAAAACCAUGCAAAAAAGUAUCCUGACUAUAAAUAUACACCAAGACGAAACGGUCGUAACAAAAAUUGUCUUGCUUGUAAAGAUAAGCCAACCGCUAAGGAACAGCAGCAAAGAGCAGCAGCAGCAGCAGCAGCAGCUAAUGCUGCUCCUCAAAGUUUUGGGCGACAAACAGACGUUGCUCUUCAACAGCAACAUAGCUUCCAAUACGAUCCACAGCAGCAAAACCAUAACCACAACCAACAACAACGUUAUUCUGAAACUGCUUUGCUUGUUCCCGCUCAGCAGCAGCAGCAGCAACAACAACAACAACAACAACAACAACAACAACAACAACAGCAGCAGCAACAAUCACAUUUACAAUAUGAACAAUAUCAAAACUUACUUAAACAGCAUCUGUUCCAGCAAGCUGUGCAAUCGACGCAACACGUACAACCGACCCAGAUUCAUGGCUAUCCAGGAUACGUUAUUACCAAUCCAUACUUGAUACCUCAAAGCUCAUCAUCUACUUCUCUAGCUUCAACCACUGCAGGUUCAUUAGCUAGUUUACCAUUACCUUCUUCAGCAAUUGCGAGUACCUCAGCACAGAGUGGGCUCUACGAUAACGAAAGGUUAUCGCCAUUGACACAUUCUAUACAUCAGGGAAAUGUUGGUAAUUAUUCAACAACAUUGCCUGUGCCUCAUCAACAACAAUAUACUACUGGCUUAGGAGGUGUUUCUUCUGCUUCUGAGUACGGUACAGUAGUCCAACCAGCAGUAGCUACUGCUAGUAGUAGUAGUAAUGCUGUUUCUACUGCAACUGCUACAAGUGGUAAUUCUAUUGGUAAUGUUACUGGUUACGAAGGUAUGAAGUAUGGCUAUAACUCGGCAGCUCCUAUCCAUGGUACUGCUACGGGUUCAUCUACGAAUUCCUAUGGAUUUGAUGGAUUUUCUCAGCAAUAA